GACCUCCAAUUCAAGAAAAAUUCCAACACCAAACCUUCUUCAAAUUCUUCCAUAUCCAAAAUUUCCCAAUUUGGAUAGAAGAAAGGAAUUUCAAACCCUUAAGCUGAAUUUUCGUGGUGACGUUACAACCUCAUAUUUCUAUACCGCACUUUGCUUGUUCGCGUAAUUUUCGCAUGCCUUGAGCUCGAAGCUAAAACCACCGAUCAUCCGUUAUCUAGUUUCUCUGAAACCCAUCCGAUAAUUCAGGCAUCCCAGACUCAUGGCGACCGCCACAAUGGCCACAGCAGCAGGUGCAGCUGCACUUCUGUACUAUACAUUAAACAAAAAACUGCAGUCAAGUCCGGCAACAGGUGAUGAUGAUGAAAAUGGAAGUGAGGUACAUAAUGAUGCUGCUUUGGGGAUUGAUAGAAUUUCCAAUAGACUUAUACAAGCUCCUGCAACAUGGUUAGAAACAAUUUCAACAUUAUCGGAGACCCUUAGAUUCACUUAUUCAGAGACCUUGGGAAAGUGGCCCAUUGGUGAUUUGGCAUUUGGCAUCAGCUUUCUCUUAAAAAGGCAGGGAAACUUACAUGUCAGCCGUGAAUUUGGCGGUAAAGAUAGUUCACAGCUUAAAGGACCUGAAAUUGCGGCCGAGCUCAGAUAUCUUUUAAAUUUGCUAACUCUCUGUUGGCAUUUCUCCAAGAAACCUUUUGACUUAUUUCUGGAGGAGACUGGCUACUCCCAUGAAGAUGUUAUCCUCCACGAACCUAAAGCUGGAAUUCUAAAGCCAGCCUUUACUGUCUUGGUUGACCACAAAACAAAAAGCUUCCUGUUACUUAUCCGUGGGACUCAUAGUGUCAAGGACACUUUGACAGCAGUUACUGGAGUAGUCGUGCCAUUCCAUCAUACGGUAGUGUGUGGGGGAGGAGUCAGCAACUUGGUUUUAGGUUACGCACAUUGUGGAAUGGUUGCAGCUGCUAGAUGGAUUGCAAAGCUUGCCACACCUUUACUUCUUACGGCGCUUGACAGUUACCCUGAUUAUAAACUUAAGAUAGUAGGACAUUCUCUUGGUGGCGGAACCGCUGCCCUUUUAACAUAUAUUUUGCGUGAAAGGAAAGAAUUAUCUACCGCUACCUGUGUGGCGUUUGCUCCAGCUGCUUGUAUGACAUGGGAACUGGCUGAAUCAGGAAAUGACUUUAUUACUUCUGUAAUAAAUGGAGCUGAUUUAGUGCCCACGUUUUCAGCUGCAUCAGUGGACGAUUUGCGUGCUGAGGUCACAGCAUCUGCUUGGUUGAAUGAUCUGAGGAAUCAGAUUGAACGUACCAGAAUACUUAGUACAGUUUAUCGCUCUGCUUCAGCUUUGGGUUCCCGUCUUCCUUCCAUGGCCACUGCUAAGGCAAAAGUUGCUGGCGCUGGUGCAAUACUACGCCCAGUUUCCAGCGGUACUCAGGUGGUUAUGAGGAGAGCUCAAAGUAUGGCGCAAGCUGCUUGGUCCCGUCCCAGCCUACAAAUAUCCUCAUGGUCUUGUAUUGGUCCCCGCCGUAGACCUUCAGCAGCUCAUUUAACUUGCAAUGUAAACGAAGACCCUUCAGAAUCUUCUUCAACUCAACAAGACCCCUCCGAGCCGUUCCUCACAACUGUGGAGGAGACAACCACGGUUACUGAAACAACAGAUCUUCCCAUAUCUUCAUCCAAGGGUCUAGGUCGGAGAUCAGACAGUGACACGACUGAGAAUAGUACGGAUUCUGAGUCAGACUAUGGCGAUCAUUAUCAAGAUCGCAUGACGGAAGUAGAAUUGUGGCAAGAAUUAGAGCAUGAACUUUACGAGGAGACGAAACCCGAGGAGGUCGAUACGGUUAAAGAAAUUAGGGAAGAAGAAUCCGAAGCCAUUGCAGAGGUAAGCGAUACUCAGUCUCAAAGCUCAGUCCCUAAUACAAACGAGGUGCACAGAUUUUUCCCUGCCGGAAGGAUACUGCACAUUGUGUCACUAGUUUCCGAUGAGCCCGAUCAAGAAAGUGAUAACAAUACAUCCACUUCCAGUGAUCUGGAACACAGCCAAGAAGAAGACGACGACACCAAGGUCGGGAUUUUUCUAACUCCUAGAUCAUUAUACAGUAAACUAAGGUUGUCACAGACCAUGAUUGCCGAUCAUUUUAUGCCCGUUUAUAGAAGACAAAUAGAGAAGCUGAUUAGAGAAGUAGAAAAGGAAGGAAUUUCUGAUUCUCAUAAUAGUGAGGACGAAAUUCAGUAGAAAGUGAUAUUAGAGUAGUUGUUUUGAUAUGGGCUCGACUCCUUUUAACAUUAGAAUGAAUUGACAGCAGGUACUUUUGAUUCAUCUUAUUUUCAACCCGACCCGAUGACAAGAAUGUAGCAUAGUCACUGCAAAAUUAAAAAGAUUCUGACUUGAAGAAGGACCAUUUCAUAUUUCAUUUCA